AUGGACUCCCGUAGCCGUCUGUCCGGAAGAAAGUACAAUUUUGCAUGUCUUGCCUGCCGCCAGCGUAAGGUCAAAUGUGAUGGCCGCAAGCCAACCUGCAAAAACUGUGCGCGGUCAAACUCGAGCUGUUACUACAAGAAUGACUCGACAGCCGCAUUACACAUGGCCGGGGAGCUGCACACCAAAGAGGCCCGGAUCCGCGAGCUAGAAGAUCGAGUCCGAGAACUCACUGCCACGGAGACCGGCGCCCACGAUAGUCGCCCUGCCAGUUCAUCCUCACAGCCGCAGCCGCAACCGGACAUGCCAGCACUAACCGCUCCAACACAGACAACCACAACGGGCCCGGUAGCAUUGUCCGUAUUACCGUUGCGCGUUCCUCCAGAGGCGCAUACUGAACCGGCGGAUCAGGAGCGCUACGAGGGUGAUAACAUUAUCAUCACUAAUACAGAUGGAAAACAAUAUUUUGGCGCCACCUCGCGGUUUCGUGGUCUCUCGGAUCAUAAGGAGGUGCACGAUGGACAGACCCAGAAAAAGGAGACGGAGGUUCGAGCGACAGAGCUGUACCAUCAGAGAUGGCUGUCCUCCAAUGCCCGGUUUCAGGCCUCCUGGGAGCGUACAGCGUACGAGAAUAUACCUCGUUAUACAGACGUGGAUCCCACCAUCUGUAUCAAUCUCCUGGAAGUGUAUUGGGCAUGGCAAGCUCCCCUGCAUAACUGUGUUUAUCGACGCUGUUUCUUCCGCGAUAUGGCUCUUGGGGGGCCAUACUUUUCCACCUUUCUCUUGAAUGUAAUCCUCGCGCAUGCCUGUCGACACCUGCCAGAGAAUGAUCUACGGUUUGCGUCCUUUGAGCGAGGAGAGUUCUUUCUACGGGAGGCGUUGCACCUCUUGGUUCGAGAGAUGAGACAGAGCAAACCUCGGAUUCCAACCAUCCAAGGACUCUUGAUCUUAGGUGGCAGGCAGUGCGCAGUUGGGAAUAGUAGCGAAGGAUGGCUAUAUACGGGCAUGGCAAUAAGAAUGCUCACAGACCUCGGCCUCCACAUAAAGCGUAGCUAUGCGGACCUCACGAAAUCAAUGGAGCCAGAUGAUUUGGAAGUACGGAAGAGAUUGUUUUUAUCCUGUUAUGCGUGGGACAAAUCAAUUAGUCUUUGCCUAGGACGAUCUCCGUCUUUGACUGACAUGCCCUUUUCCCCUUCCACGCUUUUUGACUUGUCCGACGAUGAUGACCUCUGGCAGCCUCCGCACCUAUUGGGGACUGGUAAAAUCUACCCCGCAACCAAAUGUCAUAGUACAUUGACCUUUAUAAAUUUCUGCAAAUUAGCCAAGAUCAUUAAUGAGACCUACAAUGUUAUCUACAACGGUCCGGUUGGAAACGUGGAAAUGAGCGUCAUAUCGGAUUUGGAAAACAAGUUGAUGGCAUUCAGGCAGGAACUCCCAGCAGCCCUUCAGAUUGAAGACCCGACAAGCUUACAGUCCUGCGUUCCUCCUCAUAUUCUCUGUCUCAAUAUAUUAUGCCACACUGUCCUAAUCUUGCUUUACCGACCGUUUUUCGUCUGGUUGUGGCACCCGAAUCUGCAGAAUAAUCCCCUGGCACUACGGGCGCAAGUGGUGUGCACCGAGCAAGCCAUGCGCGUGAAUGAGCUCUUCCGCGCGUAUGGCCGACUAUUCAACUUCGAAUUCCAAAGCUAUUUGAUUUCCUACUGCGUGUACACGGCGGCUACAAUCGAUGUGCGACUAGCGCAACACAACAACAAACGUCUGGCGCACAUGGCGAUAGAUCGCCUGGCGGUAACAUUGCACAUGUUGGAGACGGAAGUCAAGCAAACACCGGGCAUGCGGCGCAGCAUCGAGAUUAUUCAUUCGCAUAUUGGGCAGCGCUGGUCGUUGAAGGGACAAAUGCAGCAGCCUCAGGCUUCUUCCUCCACCAACGGACAGGAGCAGCUACCCAUCUGUUUGCUGGAGAAGGGAGGACCCGUAGGAGAAGGGGGGGAAGGAGAAGGCGGAGGGAGAGGCCAGCCUUUUCCAAAGUCCCAGUUCGAUGAAUCUGCUCUUGAUCACGCAAUAUCCCCCGGGUCUUCGUUUGUUUCGUCGGGGACCAGCCUGCAUGGCUCAGCUGCCGACAGAACCGUACCCGAGCCAUUAUCCUCUCUCAACAUCUCCUAUGGGCAGCAGCAGGGACCGAUUCUCGAUCCCGAUUUGGACCUGGAAUCUAUGUGGAUCGAUUGGCAGAUGGAUGAUGUCGGUGGUGGGUUUGUGCCGGAAAUGGCGUAUGAAACCCCGUGCAGCCAGCCAUUCUCAUGA